CCAUCUGGAUAUACAAAUCGAUAUACACAGUUUCUACGUUUUAACUUCCUCUCUGCCAGAAAUGCCUAAAAUCCUUCGUCUUGUCGUAAUUGGUGCCAAAUCUGUUGGUAAAACAGCUUUAAUAGAACAAGCAGUCUUUGGGAAUCAUGUUCCUGGACGACCCACUUACAGGACGAUCGAAGAUGUUUAUGAAGUGUUACUGGAAAUAGAAAAAGGAGUGAAAGAAAAAUUCCGUAUUUACGACACUGGAGGAAUGGAAGAUAUCAAAGGAGAAUUAUCAAAGAACUUUCUCAACACUGCUGAUGGAUUUCUUCUAGUUUACAGCACAACUUCAAAAAGAUCCUUCCAACUUGUGCAGAACUUGAAAAAAGAAAUUGACAAAGGCAGGGGAAAAGAUUUUCCCAUAUUUGUCAUUGGUACAAAAACAGACAUGAUUGAAGAAAGAGAAAGCGAUCCAAAAGAUACAUCCCAUUGGGCAGACAGUGAAAAGGUGCGGUUGACUGAAGUUUGUGUUGGGGACAGAAAAAGCCUUCAAGACCCUUUCACAUGGAUUGCAAAAAAGAUGGUUACAUGUGCUGGUAAAGGGUACUUACCUUCUUCAGACGUCAAGAAGUUCCUGUCAAUACGUAAAAGCAGUAAAGGACUAUAUUCAUUGAAAGACUCUAACCUAGACUUGACUUAGACUUUUAAAAAAAGGAAUAUGAAAAAAUACACCGAAUCGAAAAUGGCGACCAAUAUGAAUAACUAUUGUUCUACACUGACUAGCGACUGACUAGCCUCGUUUUCACGUAGAAACAUAAAAGCGUUUUCACAUGUUUGAGAGACUAGUCAGUCGCUAGUCAGUGCAGAACAAUAGUUAUUCAAAUUGGUCGCCAUUUUUCGAUUAGGUCUCAAACCUAAUUGAUGGGUUGCAAGCAUUCCCAAGAGAGUCAAAAGACAAAAGCAUGGCGGCCAUUGUGGUGCCGUUAACAAUGGAUGCUAAUGAUAAAUCUUUUGUUAAAUGACACCAACAUGGCCGCGAUGACGUAACGUGCAAUCGAAGAAUAGAUCAUAGAUCAUGUAGCAAUAGAGAGUAAAGAAUCUUAGCUGCCCGACUAACAUUAAGAAACUUGGCCUUGGUGUGUUGUUCAUAAAUUGUAAAUAUCAUUCAAUGUUAAUUAUAUAUCAUUGCAAUAUAGAUGGUUUUGCAUUUA